CUCUCCAACGGUCAAUUCGGAUGCAGGGCCGUUCGACUCUGUGAAGAAGUUGACUCAUGACCAAGUAAAAAGGGGAUGGCGGGAGGCUUUCAGUACGACCGAGCAGAAGCCGUACUAUUACAACAUUUUCACCCGUGAAAGCGUGUGGUCCAUUCCUACCGGCUACCCAAAGCAGGAAGAAGAGAGUCAAGUACACUAUCGGCCGGAGCCUGACGUGCUAACGGCUGCUAUGGCAGAAUUGAGCGGUCAUCCACCCUUGAAACUCGCCCAGCCUCCCUUCGUGAAGGGAAAGUCUGCAGCGAAGAGAAAACUGUCGCCAGAUGGCAAUGAAGAAGGCACCGCCAGCAAGAGGAGGUGUUUCGCCCCAGACCCUAACCAGGAGGAAAAUGACAGCAACGCCGUCAGGUUCCACAUUGGAGGUGAGCGUUAUGCUUUUGUCAAGCGUUUCAAGGACCGUGUUUACGUUAACAUCAGAGAAUACUACUACAACGAAAACAAGACUAAGCUGUUGGCCGGAAAAAAGGGGUUGAAUUUGUCGGCCGAAGAAUGGAAGAAUCUGCACGCCCAGGGCGCAGAUGUCACCGAGGCUGUGGCAAAGCUCACCCAGCAACUUUAACUCAAACCUUAAUGUUUUCUACUCUUCGCUGUUUGCAGAUG